UUUCCUCUCUGUUACCUGGCAGGGGGCGGCAGCAAAGAUGGCGGAGCGCAAGAACACCAAGGAUAUGCGGGAAAUCCGCAUCAGCAAGCUCGUGCUGAACAUUGCCGUCGGCGAGUCCGGCGAUAGGCUGCAGAAGGCCGCUAAGGUGCUGGAGCAGCUGACCUCCCAGGUCCCUGUGUACGGGAAGGCCCGCUACACCGUUCGCUCCUUCGCCAUUCGCCGCAAUGAGAAGAUUGCCUGCUCUGUGACCGUGCGCGGCGAGAAGGCCUAUGACCUCGUGAAGCGUGGCCUGGCCGUGAAGGAGUUCGAGCUCAUCCGCAAGAACUUCUCUGACACCGGCAACUUCGGCUUCGGCAUCCAGGAGCACAUUGACCUGGGCCUGAAGUACGACCCGUCGACCGGCAUUUACGGUAUGGACUUCUACGUCUGCCUGGAGAGGCGAGGCUACCGCGUGGCCCGCCGCCGGAAGUGCAAGUCGCGGGUGGGCGUCAAGCACAAGGUGACCAAGGAGGACGCCGUCAAGUGGUUCCAGCAGGAGUUCGACGGCGUUGUCCUCAACAAGGCGCCCACCUCCUAAGCGGCCUUGAAAGGCUAGAAUGGCAAAACCGUCUGUAACUGGACCUCAGUGCCUCGGAUUUUGGCUC